AUGCACAGGCCGCGUGUCGUACUGCUACAUGCGCUUAUGGUGCUAGCUGCAAUGUGGGCACAAGCAAACCCUGUGACGAAAAAGGUGGCAUCGAUAGAGGCGACACCUGGCGUUGCGUCGUGGACAACUUCCGGGCGUUUUCUGAGGGGUGAGGAGGUCAAGGAAAGAGCUAUCUCUAGCUCUCAGAUUAGCGUGUCGCCCUUCAAGAGGCUUUCGGAGUGGUUAAGCUCCAAAGUGGACAAGCUCACUCGAUCUCCAGCUAGACGCUUCAGCCGAAAAAGACUGGAAGACUUGUUUCUGCAGAAGUACCUCGAAGCUAGAGUGGAUGAUGAUCUGUUCAGCCCAACGGUUUACUCCUGGGUUGCGCGCAUUGACCGUUUCAACAACGACAAUCCACAGUACAAGAUAUCACCUGCUAAGCUGCUUGCAAAGGACUCUUCGCAUCUGGAACUGGCAAGAAAGAUUGAGAAGGGCUUGCUGAUAUCCGAUGAUCGAGAACUAGCGACUAGACUGGCGGAGAGUCAGAGAGAAUGCUGGAAAGAUGAUGGACGUAGUGCGAUGAAAGUGUUCAGGCUGCUUGAGCUCGACAAGCCAGGACGAAGCAUUUUCGAGCGUCCAGAGUUGAAUACGUGGUACGACUACGUUCUAAUCCGCAACAAGAACGAAGGGAGGGCCAAGCAAGAGAUGGCCUCAUUGCUGGUGAAUACAUUCAGUGUCGACGAGCUGAAUGAUGCAUUUGGCGCUGCACUGAGUAAAAAUGAACGUUCUCAGCAGACGUAUCUGAAACUUGCAGGUGCGGUUAUCCGCUACCAGGACUUGCAUCAGCUCUCAGAGAUUUAG